GUCGGGGUCGUCGCGAUCACUGCGAGUUACUACUCCCGCUUCCUCCAUACCCUCAAGUUUCUCUACGUACAGAAGUGGAGCAGAUACUGUAUCGAUCCUGCAAUUUCAUCGCGCAUGAUACGUCGGAUGACUACUCCAUCGACACUGACGUGAUGCUCCCGCUAAAUUUGUUACUCAUCAUUGCAGGAUAAAUGCGGCGCCACGGUACGAACCGACCAUCAGAAGAAUUGGUAAACAUACUGAAGAACAGUGAGACUGUGGAUGCACUCCUUUCACAGACGACGCACGGAUACCGCGAGGCUGGCGGAAAGACGCCCUGACUGUGUUAAUAUACAUAUAAUGCGGACGUCACUUUCUUGUCAUUCACAACCUCUUCUCAUAGUGGUCUUUCCAGCUAGCCAUGGUAUCAGGAAAACAUGUUCAUUGGGACGAUUCAAUAGUGGCUAACCACUCCACUAUGGAUGAGCCGAAGAAGGCAUCUGUGUUUCUAUCCCAACGUCGUAAAUCGAUUCCAUCCCCCACAACUACUACGCCUCUUCGACGGGUUCCGGUACCCUCUAUGACCUCGUUUAAUCAACCAUCACCGGUUUCGUCACAGCAACCUAAUUUCUCUCCACUGCCUCCAGCCAAUUCUACCAUUAUGCAGACUACACCUGUUCGAUACAGUCGGCCUCCUUCUAUAACCGGCAUAUCUAUCCACGUAGCGCCAACUCCAUCACCACAAGACCUCUCCUUAUAUAAUGGGACGCCCCCCUCUUCCGCUAAUAUACCGCCGUCUCACCGUCGGCGGAUUGAUUCUUUACCGACCGCUCAUCGAACUCGUCCACCUCCGUCUCAUUCUCUAACAUACCCCAUAUCCACGUUACCCCGUCCACAAAUAUCACCCGUGGCGCUUCAUCCAUUCGCAAAUCAUCCUCAGCCACCGCCCCAGAAAUUCCCAUCAGUACCUUCGAAGGCGCCCAUAACACAUACAUUCCUACCCUUCCAGCGUCAAUCACCUCCCCAACAAACAUUUCUUCCAUUACCUAACCAUUCGCCGAUAUCGCAGUCACCACAAGUACUCACUCCUUCGUGGAAGACUAAUUCCUCGACCAACCCGUCGCCACAUACCUUUAAGCAGACACCCUCGUCGAAGCUGUCAAUUCAUAAAUCUCUUCGUCUAGGAACAUGCGAGCCUAUCGACUUCUUCGCGCCCCAACGUGUCCGUGCUCACGCGUCUGUCGCAUCUGAGCCCGCAUCCCAGCCUCCCCUCCCCCGCUUAUUCAUCCUCGUCGACACCGGCUCGGACCGGUUCAAUAUUGAGGUGAUGCAGCACCAGGCCCUGGGCUUCGUCACGGUGGACAAUGUGCUGACACGAGUACAGACCGUGCUGAGGGAGCGGCUCGAUCCACAGACACUCGGAGGAUCUUUUGUAGCGAAGUGUGAGUGUGGCGGGUACAUGGAGAGAAGGUGUAGUUUCACGACGCUCUGUGUGGGUUUGACUGUGAGGGAAGAUGUAGAGCAGCUGAAAUGGAGGAUGCAUUUCAAGAAGGUACAGGUAGCUACGACGUGACGCUGGAACGAACGAGAUAAGGCUUGAUGCCGCGGGACGAUUUCUUAUGUUUCAGGGAUUGUACAAUAUACUAUAACACCGUCUCCUUACUUCUUUGCAUUCACA